GGCCACAAAAUAACACUCUCCGGUCGAGAGAGAGCGCAUACUUGACUUACUUCCAUACACGCAAGCUUAGUGGAACACUCGCAAAAAAGGCCAUUUUCAUGCUCACUGAAUUUCCCAGCUGAAACAAUGUUGUUGUGUGGAAACUGAACUAGUCAUGGUGUCCUUCUGGCCAUGGAGGGGCUCUGAUAACUCCCCGGCAUCCUUCGAGAAAGCUCUAUCCCAUCUGUCAAAGCGAUUGGCAGACACAAACAUCCACCUGGACAAAUUGCGGCACCGCUCCCGCCGUUUCAGAGCUCUUUGGACACUAUACACCAGCUUUGUCUACAUCCUCCACUCGCUGAUUCUCGUCCUCGUGCUGGGACAGGGACGAUGGGGACCUAUCGAAUAUACAGCCAUAUGCGGUGGGCCAGUUGUUAUUUACGUCGUCCGACUCGCCGCAGAAAACUUCUAUAACUAUCGCAUCUCCAAGACACAGAAUGUCCUCGACGACCUCCAAAAGCAGCGUGACCAAACUAUUGAAAAGCUCAAGGAGGCGACAAAGUACAAUUCGACGCAGUUACUCCUGGAAAAAUAUGGUGGAGACUCGCCCAAACUAAAGCGCUCCGGCAACGAUGCUAGCAGUGACGAAGGACGAGGUUCGCACAAACGUCGAACCCCGAAGGAUAGAACUCCUCUUCCUCUUCCUGAGAGGAGAACAGGGCUUGCUCCACCACCCACAGCAAACAUCCGGCAAAUUGAAUCGGGCUCCAUCUCUCCCCCUCCACAGGCACAACAUGACCGACCUCAUACCUCCGCUGGAUUUUCACCGCGCCCCCGAGCCCAAGUCCCAGCCCAGGCGGAUGAGCCGGAAUUCCACCCUAGCGCAUUCUCCGCGUCCGUCUAUACGGAAUCCCGCCCGCCGCGAUGGUAUGAUCGGGUACUGGAUGUUUUGCUGGGCGAGGAUGAAACUCUUCCGAAGAACCGCCUGGUUCUCAUAUGCCAGCAAUGCCGCCUCGUUAAUGGACAAGCGGCCCCCGGUGUUCGGACGCUGGAAGAACUGGGUGCGUGGAGAUGUGGCAGCUGUGGCGUGUGGAACAACCAAGACGGUCAGGCCAAGGGUAUCGCCACAGGGGCUCUUCCAGCGGAUGCGCUCCUAUCCACUCACUCUCGAACACGCAGUCAAAGCCUCCCUCAUCAUCCUGGGCAAAGCCCCGGCACCACGGAGCCGCCAAGUUCUCCUGAAAGGACGUGGGAGCCGGUGCCACGUCCAGGAAGUAUUAGUAGCGCGGUGGAUAGAGAAGAUAAUCCCGCGAUGUAAGGCAGGGAUGUGACUGCUGCCCAUGCGGCGCCAAGCAGUGAAGACGGACUGGAGGCGGGAGACAAGUUUGAGGCGAGCGAUGACUUCGUGGAAGACCGGGACGCGAAGUAGGGGAAGGGGGGAGGGAGAGGAGGUAGUAACAUGAACAAGGCGUCUAACAUGCCCUGCAAGUCUAAGACAUCCAGGCCGGCGUGCCCCCACGGGCCUCUUGGCCGCAAUGGCAAUUGAUGAGGCCCAGAUGAGCUUAUUUCUCCUCUC